CAUUUUUAAAUUCAGUAAUUCCCUUGAUGCUAGUAAGUUUACUAAAUGUCAGGAUCACUUAAGACUGAAUAGCAGUUAUAAGUCUAUAACCGUAGCUCAGGAUAAAACACCGUGUCAGCGCAGAAUAAUGCGUAGUAAUAACCUGGUCACCUCCUCUAGCUCUAGCUUUGAUUUACCAAAUAAGGAUCGUGCACAGCAACAGACACCUAGUGCUGAAACUAGCAUUCAGCAAACUACACAACAACCACACCUGCCAAUGGAACUAGGAACUGAUUUAGAUACCAGUACCCCUGUAAACAAAGCCUCAUCGAAAGAUGUUAAAAUGACUAGAACUUCUGCAAGUUGUUCUAAGAAAUUUCCCCCCAAACGUAGUAACCUCACCACGAUGAACAAAUUUCGCAGGGUUGAGACUAAUGAUGGGGAAGAAUACUUUGUAUUCAAUAAGCCUGCUGAGAGUAAGAAUGCCAACAAACCAUCACUUGUUACGAAAAACUCCUCUCGAAACAUAAGUACAUCUGGAGGUGUUCCGCAUGCUCCACCUUAUAGAAAGUCAGGCUCCAAGACUCCUAAAGUCUUGCAGCCAAAGCACCUUCCUUCACAAUUCCCUUUAAGUUAUAAAAACAACCCGAAGGUGUAUACCGGUAUGACGAAUAGCAGUUGGAUGGGUAGACCUUCUGAUGCUAUGCCUUUUAACCGUCAACCUAGGCCCAACCUGUACUACCCUUAUAUCCAGGAACACAUGGUAAAUUUUCCAGGUGUCCUGAAUCACUGGUACGACCCAUGGCACCUAGGACCACCUCAUUGCACACCAACUCCGAUGUGCAGACACCCAGUCCGACCUCCUUUUCAUUCAUAAAUUCUUGCGGUGCUGACGCACAAAUAGAUUUAGGUUAUGGUGACAUUUUAAGCCAGUUUGUAGUAUCCCGUGACUUAUUCACGAUAUUGCUAAUUAAUGCACGUUCCUUAAUCAAUAAGAUAUCUGAACUAAGGACAUUAUUAUUAGUCGCCAAGCCUACUGUAGCUCUGAUUACUGAGUCAUGGUGCUCAUCCUCAGUACUUGAUGUGCAUAUAGGUAUCGAUGAUUACACUGUACACCGUGCAAACAGAGAUUGCAAGCGUGGUGGAGGAUGUCUCAUAUAUAUACAUAACUCAUU